CCUUAUACUCACUGUCUUUUUUUCCUGUCCACGGGCUGAUGGUGCAGGUGGAUGAUUCCCAGCAGUAAGGGGGCUCUCUGCUCUCUCUCUCGGUUCCCCCUUACAGUUGCUGAAGUCCCAGUAGCUCCCCCUGAGUUGGGGUUAGCAAGGGAGGGACCAGGCGUUUGCGUGGAGGCAUCCUGUGUCCAGCCGUACCUCCCGUAGUAUGCGGGUUAGGGAGGCGAAGGAGGUGUGGCGCAGUGUGGCGCCGAAACCGGAAGUGACGUCACAACUACCGCAAGAGUUUCCUACACUAGGCUGGAUGCGGAGCGCCGUAUGGGCGGAAGUACCUCAGGCGCCAUUUUGGAAUCUGGCAGCAUGGCGAACCGGAAGUGGGGUUUUCGCGCCUGAGAUGCGCCAAACAGUAUUUUAGUGCGUUCAGGUAGGCAGGGAUGCCCUUCUUUAAAAAGUUUCUUUGCUACUUGUGACACUGGGUCCUGCAGGAGCCUGUUUAUUCUGCUGAUACAGGUAUGUGCAGUAGUAUUAUGCUGCCAGGAUAUUUUUGUUUGUCUAGGAGAUAGACUAAAAGUUUGUUUUUAUGCAGCACCUCUAUGGAGUCGGGAAUGCCGGGCAAACCACCUCACCCCAAAGGGAAAAGCCUUCCUGCCACUGAGAAGAAAGACAAAACGCCAGAAAAGGCUACGUCAGUUCAAGCUCCAGGAGAACCAGGAGUGUCAGCUUCUCUUGAAAAUCAAGCUUUUGCUGAAGCUUUGGCUGCGGUCAUUAAACAAGCGGUGGUGCAAGGUUUUCAGGAAGUAGCAACUUCUAAAAAGAGGGCAAGACAUGGUUACUCCAGACAAAUAGAUUCCCUUUCUGAGGUUUCGGAUGGAGAACUUUCGGAAGAUUCAGAAUUAGAUUCUCCUUUAGGUUCGGAAGAAGGGGAGAUUGACAUGGAGGAGGACUCCAAUUUUGAUCUGGCAGUGAUCGAGCCUCUGAUAAAAGCAGUUAGGCAGACGCUGACCUUCCCCAUGGAACCUGCCAAAUUAUCUUCAGCUGAUAAGUUGUUCCCGUCUCUGAAGAAGAGGUCGGUAUGCUUUCCAGUUCACGCCUCAAUUAAAGAUAUUAUUAUGGCAGAAUGGAAAAAAACAGAAAAAAGACCUCAGACUGCAGGAAAAUUUCUUAAGAAAUAUCCAUUUGCAGAAGAGGAUUCGAAAUUUUGGGAUUCAUCCCCUAAGGUGGAUGCAGCGGUUGUGAGACUGGCAAGAAAGACCACCUUACCGGUGGAUGAUGCGGCAGCUUUCAGAGAACCGAUGGAGAAAAAGAUUGAAUUUAAUCUUAAAAAAUCUUUUGGAGCAGCAGGGGCAGCCUGUAGACCGGCAGUGGCGCUCACUUCAGUUUCGCGAGCCUUAAAAGUGUGGCUAGCUGAGGUAGAAGAAGCAAUCUCGUCUAAUGUAAAAAGACCUAAAGUGUUGGAAAUGCUGGCUGACUGUAAGUUGGCGGUUGAUUUUAUGUCAGAAGCUUCUAUUGAUCUAGUCCACUUUAUGGCAAGAUCUAUGGCACUGUCGGUGGCAGCAAGGAGAGCGUUGUGGCUUAAACCUUGGGCAGCAGAUGCAGCCUCGAAAUACAACUUAUGCCAACUACCAUUUGAGGGAGAAAUGUUGUUUGGAGAGAGAUUGGAUACAAUCAUCAAGAAAGUAUCUGGAGGAAAAAGUGUAUUCCUUCCUCAGGAAGGAAGAAACAAAAGGAUGAGGUUUGAUACAUCUUUUCACAGAGAGAAGGAGAGAUCAUUUAGAACAUCUAAACAAUAUAAGCCAGGGAAAGAAUUUAACAGACAGUCGUCCUGGAGAUCGGGCCGUCAAAGCUCAAGAGGCAAUUUCAGGAGAUCGAGAGGUUUCUCCACCUCAGGCUCAACGGCUCAGCAGCAAUGA